CUUUAAGGUGCCCAAAUUGCUGAGCCUAAAGCUCCGCGAGUAUGGCCGAACUGUACGGCUGUUGUCUUUGCGCGAUAACACGCGAAUUACUAGCACCAAACCUAACUCACAAUCAUUGGCCGAGUUUCGUCUUGCUUGCUUUCCCUGCUUAAAGCAUUUUUCCUUGUUCACUGUACCUACUUUCAAACGGACCGCUUUGCCACACCGAUUCUGCAGCACUUUUAUUAUCCAGAAAAAUGAUGAACCAGCUAUGGCAUAACUAGCCAACGAUAUAGGGGGUUCGGCCCGAGCUUUGACACAACUGUGCCCGGCGGCCUUCACAGGAAGCAGCAUGGUUUUCUCAUGUUGCUUUGGUGGAGGCGGUGGAGGUGUAUCAUCCAACGUGCGGCAGCAGUCUUAUGGGCCUAGUCCGGACAAGGUCAUAGCUGUGGCUAAUGCGAAGGUGCAAGAGUUCACUGAUUUGCAAGGCGGCACAAGUACAACAGAAGGAACAAAAGUACAUGACGGGAAAACGACUUCGUUUAACGCUGUGACCCCAUUAGACUCAAACGCCGCAUGCCAACAGCUGAACGUGCUGAAUACCUCUUUGGCUGGUUUGUGUGGAAGCUGGUAUGAACGCAUCUCUUCUGCAGCGUCGCGGCUUACCAGCGUAUCAGGUGCAGCUCUUUGCUCUAUCUCCAUCCUCGACGCUGCUCACGACCGCUUCACGGUGGUGCACGUCAAUGGAGAGGACAUAACGUGCUCGGUUAUAACGCCUCCUGGAUCGCAUCUUCCGGCCCUGCAAGUAGUUGCACCGCCUGAAGACCUAGCACAGCCCGAACAGCUGAACGGAGGCACUGGCCUGCGCUACAACAGCAUGCAGGUGUUGCAACUGCUUCAGACCCCGCUUCUACAUUCAUACACGAAGCCGCUGCGAGCUGCCCGCGAUAAGGAUCAGCCGCCGCACGACUGGCAAGCCAUCCACGACACCCAUGGGUUGUCAGAGUUCUGCGCCCUACCCUUGACCCACAACAAGUCGGUGGUAGGGGCCGUCACCCUUGGCUUCCGAACGUCUGCGGGUGAUGGCCGGCAGCAGCCAAGCAGCCCAGCGCACGCCGGCGCAGCUAGCCCAACAGUGCCCAUAAUGGCGUGCGAAGAGCAGUCCUUGCAGACGCUAGGACUGCUGCUGUCAGUGCUGCUUGUCAGCCGGGACAUGCACCUGGCACAGGAGGUUGCCGGCAUUCUUGGCAGCGUCUAUGAGGCCCGCAACAUCCAGCAAGUCGUAACAACGAUCACGGGGGGAGCAGAGCAGGUCUUGCAACUCACAACGCGAGUAGCAGUCGCAGCCAAUAUGGCUAUGCUGGUUGCACCAGCCUCGGGCAGCGGCAGCAGCUUAAACAGCGCUGGGACAGCAACGUCUUCGGGGCGUGCCAUCUUUUUUGAGGAACGCAGUGGCUCUAGCGGCAGCACCGUGGGCACGACCGGGUCCCGCUCCAUGCCUUGUCCUCCUGAUGGACAUGGUUCUAAUCUGGGCACCAGCGGUCAAGGCCAAAUGCCGCGCUCGCGUAUGCAAAGGGCGCAUGUCGAAGGCGGUGGGAGCGCUGCUUCUAACAGCUACCAGUCAUCCACGGCCAACACUGUCUCGCCUCGUGCAAAGGGCUCCGCAAGCGGUGCUGGGGCAGCUAUGCAGCAUCCACGGAACGCCUCUCAGGACAGCACAACAGCAGCAGCGAUGAACACCUCCUAUGGGGGCUUGCUGUGGCAAGAGGGCCUUGUACAGGCUCGAGCCAUGGGGCUUCGCCACACCCUACUAGCCAGCCUCCCUGUGACCGGCACAAUCGUAAACGACUGCGCCUCAUACAUGCAGCAAGCGGGCUGCCCCAAACGUGACCUGUACCUUUUAUCCUCAUGCCAGGGAGGACCGCCUGUUUCCCUCGUCGUUGCGCCCGCUCCUCUCAAAGAGGGCGAAACCACGCAGCUGAUCCUGUACGUGGCGGUCGGGACGCGCCUGCCCAUGGAGCUUCUGGGCGAGCUGCUAGCACAGGCUCAGCUGCUGGCGGUUCACGUGCUGUCGCCUGCAUUGCAGCACAAGCUCUUGCAUGGCAACCUGGCGGAGGAGUGGGGACUGCUGCUGGGCAAGUGCUCUUCGGGCCGGAAAAAUGGCGGUGCUGCCACCUCCGCAAGUGCGAACGCUGCUGCGGGUCCUGAGCAAGAGCAGAGUGGAGCAAACGGGGCGAACGGGGCUGGCAUUAAGGACGGCAAGGGCGAAACCCUCGGCCCCGGCAGCGGUGCGGGCGAACGCGCCAUCAGCCAAUGCGGCAGCAUAAGAGCCAGUGAGGAGAACAGCGGGCGCCAGGCGCAGCAGACCCAAGGGACAUCAUCGGGUCAGAUGCCGGUUCUGCCGUCCUCGGAGGGGGCGGGGGACAUGGCGCCACCUCAGCCCUAUGGUGACGCAGGCACUGUUGGCGGUGUCAGGAUAGUGAACGAACCGCCCACAGCUCUGCAGCCGCGGGUACCGGUGCUGAGCACUGCCGUUGGCGGCGCCUUUGCGGGCGAUACACGCACGCACAUGGGCAUGCUGGUUUCCUCCUUUAAGGACACGAUCAACGCCCUGCAAGCCACGAGAUCCGAGGAGGCGGAGGAGUUGUCGGUGCUUAAGCUUGGUAAGGUCUUGGGCCGAGGCGGUAGCGGCCUCGUCUUCCAGGGCUACUUGCAUCUAGGGCUGGAGGUCGCCGUGAAGCUCUUUGAGAACCCGGACGACACGGAUCCGGACGCCUUGUCAAACGAGGACGCUCCUCCCCAAAGCAUCAACCCCAAUGCAUCCGGCGGCUCCGACGCUGCCAAUGCCUCAGCUGGGGCUAAAACGGAAGCCUCCAAGGGCGAAACGUCGCCGCAGAACACAGCAGCCCCCGGCGAGGGCCAAAAUGACGCUUCUGCGGAAGGUGGUGCUGCAGGCGACGGCGCCAAGCCGAACGCAAACGGCACAGGCACCAAGACUGCGGCGCAGAUGGCCAAACGCCAGCGCGACCUUCUGCGCAACGCACUGGAGUUGGGCCUUACGUCUUCCAUGUCGCACCCCAACAUCGUGCAGGGCUACUGCCACUGGGUGAACGUGGUGCUCAUGCAGGACGCCUCUCUCAACCGCUGCUGGCUCAUGGGCCAGGCAGAGUACAUGGCGCUUGCGCCGCCUGGCUCGCCGCAGCCCCCGCUGUGCUCUGCGCUUGUAAUGGAGUAUUGCGACAUGGGGUCGCUCAUACACGCCCUCAAACGCGGUACCUUCAUGACGGUGGACAGCAAGCCAAACAUGGAGUUUAUCUACAUGUGUCUGUUAGAGAUCGGGUUGGCGUUGCGCCACUUGCACACCGCCAAGCUGGCGCACUGUGACCUCAAGCCGGGCAACGUGCUACUGCGCUCCAGUCCGCGUGACCCCCGCGGCUUCGUCUGCAAGCUUGGCGACUUUGGAUACGCUGCAAUCCUCAAGGACGGCUUAAUUCCUGGGCGGCCGGCGGUGCUACCCGACGAGGCCUGUGGCACGUUGCAGUACAUGGCGCCCGAGCUCUUCGUGGCUGGUCGGCCCGUGGACGCAAGCAUCGACAUCUACGCCUUUGGCAUGCUCAUGUGGGAGCUAACCACGGGCAAGACGCCGUACAGCGAAACCGAGUACGGCAGCCGAGCGCUGAUGAAGGCCGUGUAUCAUGGCAAACGCCCCCUCUUUCCGGAAGGCACCCUGCCGGCCUACAAGAACCUUGCAAUGUGCUGCUGGUCUGGAGACGCCAACCUGCGGCCCAAUGCCAACGUGCUUGUAAAGCUGCUACGUCAGCAGCUUGAGAGCUACAAGCAGCAAUUUGGAAGCUCUGGCUCCAACUCGAGCCUGGGUAUCCGGGUUUAAAGGUGCUCGGAUUUGCGGCAAAGGAAUGCGGCACAGCAGGUGCAUGAGGUGCAUGUAAGUGAGGCCUGUCUGGUUGUUCUGUUGCCUAAUGCUUCGCCAUAGUCACUUGGAACCACUCACAGCUGGAGAGUAUGCUAUGCCCACCCUGUGAACAUUGGAUUAUUAGCUAGGUUCAUUGUUGUCGUGUUCAGCCCCACCAAGACAUUCCAUGUCAGUUUCUAUGUUGUUGCCGUUGCGUUGAAAUAUUACAGCUUGAACCUACUCCCAACGGGUUGGCCCCUUCGGGCAGUUCGGCAACACUCUGGGAAGGGGGAGCUACGGAUUAGGCCUUGCUAUAUGACGUACGUAUAGUGCCGAAUUUUAUGAACGUUGCCAGAAAUAAUUGCUAUGAGCAGCUUUGCUGCCGCGGUCAUGGUUUUGUUGUGCUCUAUGAGGUUUUGUUGAGGCCAUGGCACACGGCAGCGCACGUGGAUUUGGUUUCUCAUGUGGUGAAUAUUACAACAACGCUGAGCAACAAGGGGCAUAUGGCCGUGUGGGCAACAUAUGAAGUAUGGGUUGUAGCCGUUGGAUGUUGCCUGAAGUAUGGGACUGGUUAUCUUCAUUUUGAUAGGUGUUUAUGGCGGUGGUCAAAUGCAUUGGGAAGGUGGUGAUAAUGCUUAUCUUCUGGAUAUCUAUACAGGUUAGGCUUGAAAAACCACGCGUCGGUGUUUCUGAGUUGGAUGCUGGUGACUUCUGAGCAUUUUGUUACUCCUGGGCUGCCCGCUUGGCACGUGGGGCACCUUCAAGAACCCGCAACCUGCGCACAAUCGGGUUUCUUCGGGUGCCCCGCGUGCUCUUGUGAUCCAAUGCAUGGUAUCUACCUUGCCACCGGAGAAGCCGUCUUUUCACUGACAACGUGCCCAGUUGUGCGCCGCGCUUGAGUUAUUGGCCUCUUAUGCGUGCGUUUUUUAUCGCUCGGUGUAAUGAUUCCUGCAAGCGCAUAUUGUUUAUUGCAUGUGGUAACUGCAGGUUGUCCGUUGGGCGGUAUAGAUGAUAGGUGUUAGGGGGAGUUGCUAUAUAUAUGGGACAGGAGCUGCGUGUUUUAGAACAAAUGCUGAGGGUGCCUCGUGAGGGGCGCAUCCGCCUGCUUGCGUGCGUCGUUGCCUGUUGCCAUCUGCUGCAUGCAGGGCACGUACCGUAAGUCCAUAAACGAAUGCGUGAAUUGUCGCUGCGCCGUUGCUGUGAUUGCCGGUUUGUGCCGUAUCCAGGCAGGGCAUUUUUGAUGGGUCAGCGGAGGUGCACGGGAUAGCGGUAGAUUUAUACGAAAAAACGUUUUGAAGUGCGCAUCAAUUUGGGGCCCGUGUUGCCGUGAUCGUGUCCUGGAGUGCGUGCGGCCUUCUGGUGCCGUGCAUAAAGCCAUCUCUACCUUGUUGGGCGUGGCUUUAAUGCCCUGUUGGUUGUUUGGUUCCAUUAAGGUUGGGGUGCAGCGCUAACGUAUGUUCACGCACAGUCGCUUGCAUAAGACAUGGGCACACGGCGUGACUUCCCGGUAGUUAGGUUAAAGAGAAGCCACGUGUUCGCCUGCCCGCAGUAGAUGAAUACGUUGUUGUAUGGCCUUGUACACGCGUAAGUGGGAUGGUGACCAUCUACGCCUGUACGCCUGCAUUAGCUAGGGUCGCGGUAUGAGGGGGCAAUGCAAUCGAGCGCCGCUCUUGGUCGCAUAGAA